AUGGCCUUGGAAAUCUCAAAUGGAGAAGCUGGUCCCUCUGAAAAUGUUGCAGUCAUCUUUGGAGUUACUGGGCUUGUUGGGAAAGAGCUUGUCAAAAAGCUCCUCUCACAAUGUAGCAGCUGGAAGGUUUACGGCAUAGCUCGCAAACCAGAUUUAAUACACAUCCACAAUUCCAAUUACCAUUUCAUCUCAUGUGAUCUUCUGAACCCCUCAGAAACCACACAGAAGCUCUCUUCUUCUCUACAAGACGCCACCCAUAUUUUCUGGGUCACUUGGGCAACCCAAUUCCCCCUGGAUAGUCCAGAUUGUUGUGAGCAAAACAAGUUCAUGUUGUCCAAUGCCUUGAAUGCUCUCCUCCCAAGAGCUAAGUCAUUGAAACAUGUCUCUCUCCAAACGGGCGCUAAGCAUUAUAUAUCGCUCCAAGGCCCUUUUGAUAAUAAAGUUUGCUGCUACGACGAGGAGACUCCGAGGGUGAGUAAAGGACAUAACUUUUACUAUACCCUCGAGGACCUGCUCAAGGAGAGACUACCAGUUAAAGUUUCCUGGUCUGUCCUGAGACCGGGUUUGAUAAUGGGUAGUUCUCAGAGGACACUGUUCAAUUUCAUGGGUAGUUUGUGUGUUUAUGGAACGAUCUGUAAGCAUCUAAAUCUCCCAUUUGUAUUUGGUGGGACAAAGGAGUGCUGGGAGGAGAUUUACAUCGACGGCUCCGAUGGCCGGCUUGUCGCUGAACAGCACAUCUGGGCUGCAACCAAUGAGGCAAUAUAUUCCACUGAUGGCCAAGCCUUUAAUUCGAUCAAUGGGUUCAACUUUACGUGGAGGGAGGUAUGGGAAGCUAUAGGGUUGAAGUUUGGGGCGGUGGUUCCCGGUGACAUGUUGUCGCCGGAGUUUAUGUUUUCGCCGACAAUGGCGGACAAGGGAGGAGUUUGGAAAGAGAUAGUGGCCAAGGAGGGACUGGUUGAAACAGAGAUGGAGGAUUUGGCAAACUGGGGAUUUCUAGAUAUGUUGUUUCGAUGCCCUGUGAAGAUGUUGGGGACGAGAGAGAAAGCUGAUCGGCUCGGAUUCACGACGACUUAUCAGGCCUUGGAUUCAAUGCUGUAUUGGAUUGAUGUGAUGAGAGACCAGAAGCUAAUUCCGUGA